AAAAAAAAGGAUAAUACAUUAUCUUAAGAAUCAUUUUAGUAUCCCAAAAAUGGGCACACAGAUUACGGGCGUGUUUGGUUGUGGAAAGACGCAGAUGUUAACAUCAUACCGAAACAGUGACCUAUCACUUGCUCUCGCCAAACGGCCGUCUUUAUCGAAAUGGUCCGUUUUGUGGGUCUUCUUUCUCUCUCGGCGCUCCCUGAAAACGACGUUUAAACCACAUAUUCCCUCCUUUAUAAUCCCCCCUCUGAUUCCCCCUCUCACUCAACAGUUGCCUGGGGGUCGAAAACUCACAAGAUUCAAAGUAGCAGUAUUCGGUGAGAAAUUGAUAGCGAAGAAUGGGCCGUGGAGUUAGUGCUGGAGGUGGACAGAGUUCUUUGGGUUACCUGUUUGGAGGCGGAGAGGCACCGGCUGCUCAAAGCCAUGAAAAGGCUUCUUCUUCGCCUGCUCCAAAGCCGCUUGCCGCCGCGGCUCCACAACCUGCGGAUCACAGCAAGCAGGUUGCCGCCGGCAUUCUCAGCAGUAACGCAAACAACUAUGUCCGUGGAGAUGGUCAGAACUGUGGCAACUUUCUAACGGAAAGGCGUUCGACGAAAGUCCAAGCUGCACCUGGUGGCGGCUCUUCCCUGGGUUAUCUGUUUGGAGGUGGCAGCGGCAAUUGAUGCCCAUCACUUCCCUGUUGGAGUUGGGUUGUUCACUUGUUCUACCUUCCCCAACACAAGUUUCUUAGAUCUCGUAUGUAUGAUCUACAAAAGGAGCUCUACUGUCGGAGCCAUAUUAUGCUUGUUUGCUUGAUAUGUUCAUUGUUUAGAAUAUUUCAAAUGUUGAUUGAGCAUAUUUCUUGUGUCUUAUGCAAACACCAUUCUGUUUACCUGUCUCUCUUCCCAUUACCUAUCAGUCAAAAACCAUCAAUUUGACAGUGAA